GAGCCGUCUCUGCCUCGGGGAAGGAGGGGAUGAGAGCUGGGGGGAGCAGCGCGACGAGGAGGAGGCGGCGGCGGCGGCCGGCGAGGAGCCCGCGCUGGGUUCUGCGGUAGGACUCCCGGGAGCCACCAUCAUGGUGAAGAGGAAGAGCUCCGAGGGCCAGGAGCAGGACGGCGGCCGCGGCAUCCCGCUGCCCAUCCAGACCUUCCUGUGGCGGCAAACCAGUGCAUUUUUGAGGCCUAAGCUGGGGAAGCAAUAUGAAGCCUCUUGUGUGUCGUUUGAACGAGUGUUGGUAGAAAACAAACUGCAUGGCCUCUCCCCGGCCCUCUCGGAAGCCAUCCAGAGCAUUUCCAGAUGGGAGCUGGUGCAGGCCGCCCUCCCUCAUGUUCUUCACUGCACUGCGACCCUGCUCUCAAACAGGAACAAGCUAGGCCACCAGGAUAAGCUGGGUGUUGCUGAGACAAAACUCCUCCAUACCCUGCACUGGAUGCUUCUAGAGGCCCCACAGGACUGCAACAGUGAUCAGUUUGGGGGUACAGAGCGAGGUUCCAGCUGGGGUGGCGGCAGCAGUGCUUUCAUCCACCAGAUUGAAAAUCAGGGUUCUCCGGGGCAGCCUCGCCGAAGUAGCUCCAACGAUGAGGAGGAGAGCAGCAGAAGGAAGAUAUUCCAGAAUUCCAUGGCUACGGUGGAGCUCUUUGUGUUUCUGUUUGCUCCUCUUGUGCACAGGAUAAAGGAAUCUGACCUCACCUUCCGACUGGCCAGUGGGCUGGUUAUAUGGCAGCCUAUGUGGGAGCACAGACAGCCAGAAGUCUCUGGCUUUACUGCCCUGGUGAAGCCUAUCAGGAGCAUCAUUACAGCCAAGAGAAGCUCUCCGGUCAACAGUCAGAGUCAAACCUGUGAAUCACCAAAUCAAGACACAAGACAGCAAGGCGAGGGACUUCAGGUGGUCAGCGAAGCACUGCAGUCUGAUUCCAUCUCACCCAAGGCCACCAUCUCUGGCUGCCACCAGGGAAACUCGUUUGAUGGAAGCCUGUCCUCCCAAACUUCCCAGGAAAGAGGCCCAUCACAUUCAAGGGUCUCUCUUGUGAUACCACCAUGCCAGAGGUCCCGCUAUGCCACCUACUUCGAUGUUGCUGUUCUCCGCUGUCUUCUUCAGCCCCACUGGUCUGAGGAAGGCACUCAGUGGUCCCUGAUGUACUAUCUACAAAGGCUGCGACAUAUGCUGGAAGAGAAGCCACAAAAGACCCCAGAACCAGAUAUUCCUCUCCUGCCCAGACCCAGAAGUAGCUCGAUGGUGGCAGCGGCUCCCUCGCUAGUGAACACCCACAAGACCCAAGAUCUCACCAUGAAGUGUAAUGAAGAAGAAAAGUCUCUAAGCCCCGAGGCUUUUUCCAAGGUUUCACUGACCAAUCUUCGAAGAUCUGCGGUCCCAGAUCUGUCUUCAGACCUGGGCAUGAACAUCUUUAAGAAGUUCAAAAGUCGCAAAGAAGACCGAGAGAGGAAAGGCUCUAUUCCGUUUCACCACACGGGGAAGAGGCGCCCCAGAAGAAUGGGGGUGCCGUUCCUGCUGCACGAGGGCCACCUCGAUGUCUCACCCACCAGAAGCACAUUCUCAUUUGGAAGCUUCUCUGGACUUGGAGAAGACAGGAGAGGCAUCGAAAAGGGAGGCUGGCAAACCACCAUCUUAGGGAAACUGACCCGGCGGGGCAGCUCAGAUGCAGCCACUGAAGUGGAAAGCCUGGGUGCCCGGCCCUCGCACUCCCACCACACCCUGGUGAGCGACCUCCCAGACCACUCCAACAGCCACGGAGAAAACACUGUCAAGGAAGUGCGGUCACAGAUCUCCACCAUCACAGUUGCCACCUUCAACACCACGCUGGCAUCCUUCAAUGUCGGCUAUGCGGACUUUUUCAGUGAGCAUAUGCGGAAACUCUGCAGCCAAGUGCCUAUCCCAGAGAUGCCGCACGAACCUCUGGCAUGCGCAAACUUGCCCCGAAGCCUCACAGAUUCCUGCAUUAACUACAGCUACCUGGAGGACACAGAGCAUAUCGAUGGGACCAACAACUUUGUCCAUAAGAACGGAAUGCUGGAUCUUUCUGUGGUUCUGAAGGCUGUUUAUCUUGUCCUUAACCAUGACAUCAGUUCUCGCAUCUGUGAUGUGGCACUAAACAUCGUGGAAUGUUUGCUUCAACUUGGGGUAGUUCCCUGUGUAGAGAAAAAUCGGAAGAAAAGUGAAAACAAGGAAAACGACACCGUGGAAAAGAGACCAAGCGAGGGGACUUUCCAGUUCAAAGGCGUGUCUUCAAGUUCCACCAGCGGAUUUGGAGCCCCUUCCGCUAGUGGAGCUGGAGAUGGUGGAGCAGGAGAAGGAGGAGGUGGAGACGGAGGAGGCGGAGGUGGAGGGGAUGGAGGAGGAGGUGGAGGAGGAGGAGGUGGUCCUUAUGAGAAGAAUGAGAAGAACCAAGAGAAGGAUGAAAAUAUACCUGUAAGCAACCAUAGGCUUGCUCUCACUAUGCUCAUCAAAAUAGUGAAGUCUUUGGGAUGUGCCUAUGGUUGCGGAGAAGGACACCGGGGGCUCUCUGGAGAUCGUCUGAGACACCAGGUAUUCCGAGAGAAUGCCCAGAACUGCCUCACUAAGCUAUACAAGCUAGAUAAGAUGCAGUUCCGACAAACCAUGAGGGACUAUGUGAACAAGGACUCUCUCAAUAAUGUAGUGGACUUCUUGCAUGCUUUGCUAGGAUUUUGUAUGGAGCCAGUCACUGACAAUAAGGCUGGAUUUGGAAAUAACUUCACCACAGUGGACAACAAAUCCACAGCCCAAAAUGUGGAGGGCAUUAUCGUCGGUGCCAUGUUCAAGUCCCUCAUCACACGCUGUGCCUCAACCACACAUGAGCUACACAGCCCUGAGAAUCUGGGACUGUACUGUGACAUCCGCCAGCUGGUCCAGUUUAUCAAAGAAGCUCACGGGAACGUCUUCAGGAGAGUGGCGCUUAGUGCUCUGCUUGACAGCGCUGAAAAGUUAGCGCCAGGGAAAAAGGUGGAGGAAAAUGGACAGGAGUCUAAGCCCGCAGGUGGUAAAAGGUCGGAGGCAGGAAGCGUCGCAGAGAAGGGCCAGGUGUCCUCUGCCCCUGAGGAAUGUCGAAGCUUCAUGUCGGGUCGCCCCUCACAGACACCAGAACACGAUGAACAAAUGCAAGGGGGCAAUCUGGGACGGAAAGAUUUCUGGCGCAAGAUGUUCAAAUCCCAAAGCGCAGCAAGUGACACCAGCAGCCAGUCUGAGCAGGACACUUCAGAAUGUACCACAGCCCAUUCAGGGAACACCUCGGACCGGCGUGCUCGCUCACGGUCGCGCAGAAUCUCCCUGAGAAAGAAGUUGAAACUCCCCAUAGGUAAAAGAAACUGGCUGAAGCGCUCCUCCCUCUCUGGCCUGGCAGAUGGGGUGGAGGACCUCCUGGACAUUAGCUCUGUGGAUCGCCUGUCUUUCAUCAGGCAAAGCUCCAAGGUCAAGUUCACCAGUGCUGUCAAGCUUUCUGAAGGUGGGCCAGGGAGUGGGAUGGAGAAUGGCCGAGAAGACGAGGAGAAUUUCUUCAAGCGUCUUGGUUGCCACAGUUUUGACGAUCAUCUUUCUCCCAACCAAGAUGGUGGAAAAAGCAAAAAUGUAGUGAAUCUGGGAGCAAUCCGGCAAGGCAUGAAACGUUUUCAAUUUCUACUCAACUGCUGUGAGCCAGGGACAAUUCCAGAUGCCUCCAUCCUAGCCGCCGCCUUGGACCUAGAAGCACCCGUGGUGGCCAGAGCUGCUCUGUUUCUGGAAUGUGCCCGUUUUGUUCACCGGUGUAACCGGGGCAACUGGCCAGAGUGGAUGAAAGGCCACCAUGUGAACAUCACCAAGAAAGGCCUUUCCCGGGGCAGGUCCCCCAUCGUGGGCAACAAGCGGAACCAGAAACUGCAGUGGAAUGCUGCCAAGCUCUUCUACCAGUGGGGAGAUGCGAUUGGCAUCCGGUUGAACGAGCUGUGCCACGGAGAGAGUGAGAGCCCCGCUAACCUGCUCGGCCUGAUCUAUGACGAGGAGACUAAGAGGAGGCUGCGGAAGGAGGAUGAGGAGGAAGACUUUUUAGAUGACAGUACUGUGAACCCUUCUAAAUGUGGUUGUCCCUUUGCCUUGAAGAUGGCAGCUUGCCAGCUUCUCCUGGAGAUAACCACCUUCCUGAGGGAGACUUUUUCUUGCCUGCCCAGACCUCGCGCUGAGCCUCUAGCGGACUUGGAGAGCUGCAGGCUCCGUCUGGAUCCCGAGCUGGACCGGCACAGAUAUGAGAGGAAGAUCAGCUUCGCAGGAGUUCUGGAUGAAAAUGAAGACUCCAAAGAUUCUCUCCACAGCAGCAGCCACACCCUCAAAUCGGAUGCGGGUGCUGAGGAGAAGAAAGUUCCCAGCAGGAAGAUCAGGAUAGGAGGUUCUCGCCUGCUCCAGAUUAAAGGAACCCGCAGUUUCCAGGUGAAGAAGGGGGGUUCCUUGUCCAGCAUCCGCCGAGUCGGCAGCUUAAAGAGCAGCAAGUUAUCACGGCAGGACUCAGAGUCUGAGGCUGAGGAGCUGCAGCUGUCCCAGAGCAGGGACACUGUCACUGACCUAGAAGGGAGCCCGUGGAGUGCCAGCGAGCCCAGCAUUGAGCCUGAGGGAGUGAGCACUGCCGGCACAGAGGAGAAUUACCACAGAAACAUGUCGUGGCUUCAUGUCAUGAUCUUACUAUGCAACCAACAAAGUUUCAUUUGUACACACGUGGACUACUGCCACCCACACUGCUACCUGCACCACAGCCGCUCCUGUGCCCGGCUCGUCAGGGCCAUUAAACUGCUGUAUGGGGACAGUGUGGACUCCCUGCGUGAGAGCAACAACAUCAGCAAUGUGGCUUUGAGGGGCAAGAAACAGAAAGAGUGUUCAGAUAAGUCCUGCCUGAGGACCCCUUCACUGAAGAAGAGGGUUUCAGAUGUCAACCUGGAAGGGAAAAAGGACUCCGGAAUGCUGAAGUACAUCAGGCUUCAGGUGAUGAGCUUGUCACCGGCUCCCUUGUCUCUGCUAAUCAAGGCAGCUCCAAUCCUGACAGAGGAGAUGUAUGGAGACAUCCAGCCCGCUGCCUGGGAACUGCUGCUCAGCAUGGAUGAGCACAUGGCAGGGGCAGCAGCUGCCAUGUUCCUGCUGUGUGCGGUGAAGGUACCAGAAGCUGUGUCAGACAUGUUGAUGUCUGAGUUCCACCAUGCAGAGACUGUACAGAGACUGAAUGCUGUCCUCAAGUUCCACACGCUCUGGAGGUUUCGCUAUCAGGUCUGGCCAAGGAUGGAGGAGGGAGCCCAGCAGAUUUUUAAGAUCCCGCCUCCCAGUAUAAACUUCACCUUGCCCUCGCCAGUACUUGGAAUGCCAUCUGUCCCAAUGUUUGACCCUCCAUGGGUCCCUCAGUGCAGCGGGAGUGUCCAGGACCCCAUUAAUGAAGACCAGUCUAAAUCUUUCUCUGCCCGGGCUGUGUCCCGCUCGCAUCAGAGGGCAGAGCAUAUCUUAAAGAACUUGCAACAGGAAGAAGAGAAGAAACGCCUUGGUCGUGAAGCCAGCCUCAUUACCGCCAUCCCCAUCACCCAAGAGGCUUGCUAUGAGCCCACCUGCACACCCAACUCAGAGCCUGAGGAAGAAGUAGAAGAAGUCGCCAAUCUGACGUCCCGACGGCUGUCUGUGAGUCCAUCCUGCACCUCCAGCACAUCCCACAGGAAUUAUUCGUUCCGCAGAGGGUCAGUCUGGUCUGUACGUUCAGCAGUCAGUGCUGAAGAUGAGGAACACACCACUGAACACACACCAAACCACCAUGUGCCUCAGCCUCCACAAGCAGUAUUCCCAGCAUGCAUCUGUGCAGCAGUCCUUCCCAUUGUUCACUUAAUGGAGGAUGGAGAGGUGCGAGAAGAUGGAGUGGCAGUCAGUGCUGUGGCCCAGCAAGUCUUGUGGAACUGCUUAAUUGAAGAUCCAUCGACAGUUCUUCGACAUUUCCUGGAAAAAUUAACUAUCAGCAAUAGACAAGAUGAGCUAAUGUACAUGUUGCGCAAACUUCUCUUAAAUAUCGGAGACUUUCCAGCUCAGACAUCACACAUCCUAUUCAACUACUUGGUGGGACUGAUCAUGUACUUCGUGCGGACUCCGUGUGAGUGGGGGAUGGAUGCCAUCUCUGCCACACUGACCUUCCUGUGGGAGGUGGUCGGGUAUGUGGAGGGCCUCUUCUUCAAGGAUCUCAAGCAGACGAUGAAGAAGGAGCAGUGUGAAGUGAAGCUCCUGGUCACUGCUUCCAUGCCAGGUACCAAAACCCUGGUAGUUCAUGGACAGAAUGAAUGUGACAUUCCAACGCAGUUACCCGUCCAUGAAGACACUCAGUUUGAAGCCCUGCUGAAGGAGUGUCUAGAGUUUUUCAACAUCCCAGAAUCCCAGUCAACACACUACUUCCUCAUGGAUAAACGAUGGAACCUCAUCCACUACAACAAGACCUAUGUUCGAGAUAUUUAUCCCUUCCGGAGGUCCGUAUCUCCACAGCUGAACCUUGUACAUAUGCACCCAGAAAGGGGGCAGGAGCUCAUUCAGAAACAGGUGUUCACCAGGAAGCUGGAGGAAGUGGGGCGAGUGCUGUUCCUCAUCUCCCUCACCCAGAAGAUCCCCACAGCGCACAAGCAGUCACAUGUCUCCAUGCUUCAGGAGGACCUUCUCCGGCUGCCCUCCUUCCCCCGGAGUGCAAUAGACGCUGAGUUUUCGCUCUUCAGCGACCCUCAAGCUGGGAAGGAACUGUUCGGCCUCGACACCCUUCAGAAAAGCCUGUGGAUCCAGCUCCUGGAGGAAAUGUUCCUGGGCAUGCCUAGCGAGUUUCCCUGGGGAGACGAAAUCAUGCUUUUCCUGAACGUGUUUAAUGGGGCUCUGAUUCUCCACCCCGAAGACAGUGCUCUGCUCAGGCAGUAUGCGGCCACUGUCAUCAACACAGCUGUGCACUUCAACCACCUGUUCUCUCUCAGUGGCUACCAGUGGGUUCUCCCCACCAUGCUGCAGGUAUAUUCUGACUAUGAGAGCAACCCGCAGCUGCGUCGAGCCAUCGAAUUCGCCUGCCACCAGUUCUACAUUCUCCACCGGAAGCCCUUUGUGCUCCAGCUGUUCGCCAGUGUGGCUCCUCUCCUGGAGUUUCCGGAUGCUGCCAACACCGGGUCCAGCAAAGGAGUGUCAGCUCAGUGUCUAUUUGACUUGCUGCAGUCCUUGGAGGGAGAAACCACAGAUAUUUUGGACAUUCUAGAGCUGGUUAAGGCUGAGAAGCCCCUUAAGUCACUAGAUUUUUGCUAUGGAAAUGAAGACUUGACUUUCUCCAUCAGUGAAGCCAUCAAACUCUGUGUCACGGUGGUGGCUUAUGCUCCUGAGUCCUUCAGAAGCCUUCAGAUGCUCAUGGUCUUGGAGGCAUUGGUUCCAUGUUACCUACAGAAGAUGAAGAGGCAGACUUCACAGGUCGAGACCGUGCCUGCUGCCCGAGAGGAGAUUGCUGCCACAGCUGCUCUGGCCACAUCCCUGCAAGCCCUUUUGUACAGUGUGGAGGUCCUCACCAGGCCCAUGACAGCCCCACAGAUGAGCAAGAGUGAUCAAGGUCACAAGGGAACUACCACAGCCAAUCACACCAUGUCAUCUGGGGUGAACACCAGGUACCAGGAGCAAGGAGCCAAGCUGCAUUUUAUCAGGGAAAACCUUCACUUACUGGAGGAAGGGCAAGGCCUUCCCAGAGAGGAGCUAGAUGAACGAAUUGCUCGAGAAGAAUUCAGAAGGCCCCGGGAAUCUCUGCUGAAUAUUUGCACCGAAUUCUACAAACAUUGUGGGCCAAGGCUGAAGAUCUUGCAAAAUCUGGCUGGGGAACCCCGGGUCACUGCCCUGGAGCUGCUGGAUGUGAAGUCCCACAUGAGGCUGGCAGAAAUUGCACACUCCCUUCUGAAGCUGGCACCGUAUGACACCCAGACAAUGGAGAGCCGAGGCCUUCGUCGCUACAUCAUGGAGAUGCUACCCAUUACCGACUGGUCAGCGGAGCCAGUGAGGCCAGCCCUUAUCCUAAUUCUAAAGAGAUUGGAUAGAAUGUUUAACAAAAUCCACAAGAUGCCUACCUUGAGGCGACAGGUUGAGUGGGAGCCUGCCAGCAGUUUGAUUGAAGGGGUUUGUUUGACACUUCAGAGGCAGCCAAUCAUAUCCUUCCUGCCUCACCUUAGGUCACUGAUCAAUGUCUGUGUCAAUCUGGUGAUGGGAGUGGUAGGACCUUCCAGUGUGGCUGAUGGAUUACCCCUUCUUCAUCUCAGCCCUUAUCUCUCACCACCUCUGCCCUUCAGCACAGCUGUUGUCCGGCUGGUAGCAUUGCAGAUACAGGCUUUAAAAGAAGAUUUCCCUUUAAGCCAUGUGAUCUCCCCAUUCACCAAUCAAGAGCGAAGGGAAGGGAUGCUUUUAAAUCUGCUCAUCCCAUUUGUGCUCACAGUAGGAUCUGGAAGCAAAGAUAGCCCAUGGCUGGAGCAGCCUGAGGUACAGCUAUUGCUGCAGACUGUCAUCAACGUGCUCCUGCCCCCUCGGAUCAUCAGCACAUCGAGGAGCAAGAACUUCAUGCUGGAGAACUCCCCAGCCCACUGCUCUACUCCUGGGGAUGCAGGCAAAGACUUGCGCAAGGAAGGGCUGGCUGAGUCCACCAGCCAGGCAGCAUACUUAGCCCUAAAGGUUAUUCUCGUCUGCUUCGAGAGGCAGCUGGGAAGCCAGUGGUACUGGCUGAGCCUGCAGGUGAAGGAGAUGGCUCUGCGGAAGGUGGGCGGCCUGGCCCUGUGGGACUUCCUCGACUUCAUCGUGCGCACCCGGAUACCCAUCUUCGUACUCUUGCGCCCUUUCAUCCAAUGCAAGCUACUGGCCCAACCGGCAGAGAACCAUGAAGAACUUUCUGCCCGGCAACAUAUCUCUGACCAGUUAGAGCGGCGCUUCAUCCCCCGCCCUUUAUGCAAGAGCUCGCUCAUUGCAGAGUUCAACAGUGAACUGAAAAUUCUGAAAGAGGCGGUCCACAGUGGAUCAGCCUACCAAGGAAAGACAUCCAUCAGUACUGUGGGCACGUCCACCUCUGCCUACCGCCUGAGUCUGGCUACCAUGUCCCGCUCCAACACAGGCACAGGGACUGUCUGGGAGCAGGACAGUGAACCAUCCCAACAGGCUUCUCAAGACACCUUGAGUCGGACUGACGAGGAGGACGAGGAAAAUGACUCUGUGAGCAUGCCCAGUGUGGUAAGUGAGCAGGAAGCUAGUCUCCUGAGUGCCCUCGGGAGGAGGCGGUUCUCCAGCCACGUCUCCAGCAUGUCUGCACCUCAGGCUGACGUGGGCAUGUUACCCAGCCAAAGUGAACCUAAUGUCCUCGAUGACUCCCAGGGCCUGGCCGCCGAGGGCAGCCUCUCUAGGGUGGCAAGUGUACAGAGUGAACCUGGCCAGCAGAACCUCCUGCUGCAGCAGCCACUGGGGAGGAAAAGGGGCCUGAGGCAGCUAAGACGCCCUCUUCUGUCAAGGCAGAAGACUCAAACUGAACCCAGAAACCGCCAUGGGGCUCGACUGUCCACCACUCGCAGGAGCAUUCAACCUAAAACCAAGCCAUCUGUUGAUCAGAAGCGAUCUGUGACCUUCACUGAGGCUCAACCAGAGCCAACAGCUGCCCCAACAGACAUACUUCCUGCCACAGGCCAACCACAGGGCUGCAGCCCAGGGCCAUCGAGGAAGCCAGAAGGAACUGACAAACCAGUGCUCACAUCCUCUCCGGCCAUUGUUGUUGCAGACCUUCACAGUGUGUCUCCCAAGCAGAGUGAGCCCCUUCUUGCUGAAGAAGAAGAACAAAAGGAGGACACAGAAGUACAAGGUGCUGCCGUACACAGUCCCCUCUCUACUCAACUCUCAGACCCUGAUGACUUCACUGGCCUUGAGACAUCCAGCCUCCUACAGCAUGGAGAUACUGUCCUUCACAUCAGUGAGGAAAACGGCAUGGAGAACCCCCUGCUGUCUAGCCAGUUCACGUUCACUCCUCCUGAGCUGGGGGAAAAAGAUGCAGCACCAGACAAGUCCCAUGUUUAGGUCUCUGUCGCAGGGGCAGUGAUCAGGAGACCAACGCAGCACUUCAUAGCCAGUGGGCGGCAUUAAGUCUGAGUAGAUUUUGCUGUCAAAGCUCUUUGAGUGUCAUAACCACCUUAAAAAUCAGUAGCUAAAAGUCUUUAGUCAUGUGAAGAUCCUAAAAACAGAGGAAUAAGGGGAAAGAGCCAUUUCACCGCACAUUCUGUAGACCUUGCUUUGAGCAGUUAAGAAUAUAUAUACUAUUACAGACAGUUGAGAAUAUAUACUGUUGCUUCCCUCAUAAGACUACUGACUAUAUGUUCUAAAGAGGAAUGCAGUCUUUUAAGAUACUCACAUUAUACAUUUCCUGAAAAUGUUUAUUUUUGUAGUUUCAAAAAUUUUACAUUAUGUGGAUAUAUGUAUUGCAACUCACAUAAAAACAACCAACAAGAAAAAUAAUUAGAUUGGAGACACUAAAUUACAAACCUGGCAGUUAUUUUUGUUUUCGUCAACAAUAUAGCUAGGAAUUAAAGGAACAAAACACUAUUUUUUAGAGCUGUGGACUUUUCAAAAUUUAUUUUUAACUGUCAUUUUCACUAAAUGCUAUAAAUCAAAAUUCUAAUGCCACAGACAAUUUCAUAUCACAUUAGACAGAAUAUUCUAGGAAUUCUCAGAUAUGAUUCUGAAUCAAUAACAUAGUCAGCUAUAUAAUUAUAAAAAACUAAAUGUAAACAGCAUUGCUUGAAAGAGAUGGCAUUCCUACUUCUAGCCUCAACUACAUACAGCAGUGUCUAAAUUCGAUCUAUUGGGAAAGGGGAUUAUAUUCCCUUACAGUCCUUGUGCCUGCCCCUGAGGGCAUAUUUUCAUACAUUAAAGUUAAGUUGUUAGCAUUAGAUCAGAAAAUAAUUUUUCUCAGUAGUCAAAUAUUCUGUGAUCCUUAAGAGAUCUCAGUUAAUGAGGAAAAAUACAGAGUAAUCAAUUUGUUCAUAGACUUGGACAGCUUGUAUAUAUCACAAAUAGGGCUUUAACUUGAAGUGCAGUUACUUCAAAAAAUAAAAUAAAAAUUGGAAGGCUUGUGAGGCCAGUACUUAGUAGAUUAUUAAAGGGCUGGGCAUCGUGCAGUUCAUAAAUGGUCUUCAAAAGUUUAGCAGUUUACAUUAGAGAAAUGUUACAUAACUACUAAGCAUUGAAAGAAAUACAUACCUACACUGGUAUGGUUAUGUUCGUGUGUAUGUGUGUGUGUGUGUGUGUGUGUGUGUGUGUGUGUUAGUCUUCAAAUAGAAGGUAAACAGAGUUUGAUUGUGUGGAGAUGAGUUUAAAAUAUGUUCUCUAUGCUCAAAUGUUGAUUAUGUUGGCUAUGAAAUGGACAUGUAUAAAAAGAGGAGACCUAUCAAUCCAACAAGUCAUAAAGGAAAAUGAUUUUUACGUUAGAAUUGCAUAGUUUAUAUUGUGAUUUAUAAAAUCAAAUAUAUUUUGGGACUAUGGCCCCAUUCACAAAGAUAAUAAAGGUAUCUAUAAAUUAAUUAGAAUAAAAUUUAAAAUCCCCCAGUUGAGAAAAUCAAGGUGGUAUCACCUCCAGAAAUAAGUAUGGGAAAUCAAGGAGAUAAAUGGACCUCUUUUAUGUGCUUUAACAUCUUCACAUCGUUUAUACUUAAUGCUGAGUUCAUCCCUAAGUGCAGAAGCCAACAUGCAAGUGGUUUUCUGGUUCUAAAUCGAUGUAUUUUGCCUGUUAAAAACUAUGCUGCUCAAUUAGCAUUAGAGGCCUUAUGUCUGGUACGUACAAGUGUCUGAAUUAUGUGUGUCUAUGUGCUUUGUUCCAGUUUGGGGAUUCUUGAGUCAAAAUCUCUAUAAUCAUGUCAGAUAUUUAAGAAGUGUAGAGGUUAAUGCAUUGUUAAAUAUUCAGUAAUCACCCUAAAUAUCUUUAUAUAUUUCAAAUGUGCUGGGCUGUUUGAGAAAUGAUUUUACUGGUCUGUCUAUCUUUUAACCUGACUCCUUCUCUGUCAUGUAUGGAAGUCUGUUAGGAAUUUUUUUAAUAAGCUAAGUAGUGUUUAUCUUGGAAAAAAACAAAAAGACUUGUCCACUCUGAGAAAUAGGGACUUACAGAGUGGAAAUGCUCUCUCUCGUGUUGGGCUUCUGAAAUUUUGCAGAGAUGUGUAUCUAUACCAUUUUUUUUUAUGUCCUUAAACGUGUUGAAUGUAAUGUGUUGAAUGUUUAUGUGUGGUGACUAAAGUAUCCAUGUAUGUGCAUAAGACUGUCACAAGAUGUAUUCUCAGGAAUACUAUUACCUGGAGUUUGAAGGAACAAUUUAAAAGAAAACAGUUAGGGAAGAGAAGAAAUAAGUUUGAGUUAAUUGACAAUCUUUACAAUAUUCAAAAUGUGACUAAGCACUAAUUAUCACUUAUGAUCAAUAUAAUAUUAGUAAAAUAGAUUUAUUUCUUAAUAUAUGCUGCUUGAUCAUAUUUAUUUCAUUCAGAGGAAGGAUAAAGCAGGCACUCACUUUCACCAGGUAUUAAAAAAUUACAUCCAAUGAAGAUUGGUCCUUUGGAAAGUGACUUUAUAGAGAGACAUUGGAAUAUAAACAUAUCAUCCAUGAUAGUGGGUAGAGAUUUAUACUAUUGAGAUUAAAGCAAUUUAAAUCCUGGAUGCAGAUUCUUCUAGAACAAACACUGUAUUUUCAUUUUUGGCAUUCACUGCUUUCUAUAACUCUAUUAAAUUACUUGAUUCUUCUGACAACGAAAGUGAGUUACUGAGUGCCUUGGGAUAAGUCACUGAGAACUACAGUGUCAAAGGGCACAACUGGGCACAUGGCAGUGCUGGAGGCAAAAGUUGGUUUGCAUUGAGCCUCCACGAGUAACUUAAGACAAGAUGGCAUCACUCUUUUAACAACUGGGAUUUUUUUUUAAGUCAGUUGAAGAAAUUUCUCCAUUUUGCUUCCCACCUCCUAGAAUUUCUGAGGAAAUAAGAGUGUACAGAGAUCUAUAGGGAAGAAAGGGUUAUAGAAUUAUAGUCUAAAACAUGAAUUGUAUACCUUCCUUGGGUUACACAGGCUACUUUACCAGAGCCCCACUGUUGCUCUCUGACCUCACCCUUCCGAUUCAUGGCCUUGUGUCUCGGCAGUGAGUAGAAUGUCCCACCUCCUCAUUUACUUUUGUGGGUCUCAACUGCAGCAUUUCAGAAGCAAACUCUGAUUUGACACUCAGGAGAAUAAAAACAAGUUGAGGGCAGAAUGUAUUUGGAAAAGUUUAUGAUAAAUUUACUUAUAUUAUUUAAGGAUCAUUUAGGAUCAUAAAUCUAUGUACCUCCAUAAUAUUUUAAUAGUCACUGUGACCAUGGGAUUAAAGUCCUUUAUUAGCCAUUUUUGUAGGUAAAAACAAAGGAUUGACUGCACAGCCAACUUCCCUCAGAUAACUAUAAAGUCUGUUAGGAAUACUGAAUGACCAAAGAGCAUGGAAAAAUGCAUAAGAAUAAAUACUGAGAUGUUUAUGAAAGAUAUUUAUGAAAGCUAUUGACUUCUGUGUUUGAAUAUGCACAUAUAAUAAAAUAAAUCUAAAAGUA